AUGGACACGAUUCCUGCUUCUCUUGGUGGCACAGACGACGAACGUGAAAAUGAACCGACUCUGGAAGAAUAUUAUAAACCAGACGGCUUACUGCGCGUUGGACGAAGUCGAUGCGGCUUCCCUGAUCGCAAAAACGACCACUUGGUCCAGCUCCUAGUCUGCAAGAAUCAAAACACGAGAGAAACACUGGACAUUUCUGAGAAUUACGAAAUAACAGUGACAGUUGCUCGAGAUGCUGGCCAAGGUAGUGAUCCAGUCGACUGCGACUACAUGCGUAUCAAAACUGAAACCAAAAAUGGCUUGAAACGAUCCAUGGCAGGAGUUGCUGGGUUUUACUUCCGCUUUUAUGAGCCAAACACAAUGUACUUGGUCACGUUCGCUCUGAAAACCGGUCCAACGACGAAGAAGAGUGAAAAGAAACGUAAAAAACAACAAAGCUUGAGGAAAACG